CAACUUCGCCAACUCUCCAUUACCCAUUACAAACCCCCUCUAUAUAUAUAGAAUUGGUAAAGCCUGUCAUUCUCUCUCAAGAAACCCUCUUUCUAUACCUUCCAUUGCAGGCUUCAACUGGCCCUCUUAUAGUAUUAUGCCAUUGUCUUCCAUGGAAACUCCUGGCUUACUAUCUUUACUUAAACAUGCUACAUCCAAAGACAAGAGAUCAAAGUCGGCCGGAGGGCUCUUUCGCAUGUUCAAGCUCUUCCCUUUAUUAAACUCAGGGUGCAAGAUGGUGGCACUAUUAGGGCGACCAAAGAAGUCUUUCCUCACCGGCAACGAUGCAGGCACAACGGGGACUCUCUUCGGAUAUCGUAAAGGGAGAGUGAACUUGAUAAUACAAGAAGACCCCAAGUGUUUACCCAUUUUUGUUAUAGAGCUACCCAUGCACACAAAUUUGUUCCACAAGGAGAUAGCCUCAGGUCUAGUAAGGAUUGCUCUUGAGAGUGAGAACAAGACUCACAAGAAGAAGCUUUUGGAGGAGUUUGUGUGGGCUGUGUAUUGUAAUGGGCGUAAAGCUGGAUAUUCUAUUAGGAGGAAGCAAAUCUCAGAUGAUGAACUUUAUGUGAUGCAGUUAUUGAGAGGGGUCUCCAUGGGAGCUGGUGUUCUUCCUUGCCCUCCAUCUGAGAAAGAAUCAGUAGAUGGGGAGCUCACCUAUGUCAGGGCCCGGUUCGAGAGGGUGGUUGGGUCCAAAAACUCGGAAGCCUUCCACAUGAUAAACCCAGAUGAUGACAUGGGUGGACCAGAAUUAAGCAUCUUCUUUGUGAGGCCUCAAUGAAGAAGUGAAUUAUCAAAUUACUGUAAUAUUCUUUGUAUGUAAGAAUAAUACGUUGCAACCUACGUGUGUAAGUGCAACUAUAAAAGGGUAUCUUAUUGUUGGGUAUAAUGUCUUGUAUUCUGUCGCUUACAUAAGUGGGUUGAUUUCGAUGGGAUGUAAUAGAUUGAGGGCUGAAGGUCCCGAAGGAAUCAACCCAACUUGCUCGUUUUCUUCGUGAAACCUUGACAAGCUUGGUGGGGGAUUGGGGUGACAAUGCUGAGAAAUUUUCUUUUAGGACUACAUGGGUAUUCUGGUAAAUUAAUUACAUAGAGUUUCGUUAUAUAUUUGUAACAAUGGUUCUUUCUCGGUAAUAAAUCUGAGAGAGAUGUGAGAACGAGUGACUAUAACCCUAUUCUCCACUGACAGUGAAGCAAAUCUCAUUUUACUGUGGACUUAGACAAUUUUGCCAAAUCAUGUAAAUUCUAAUGUGCAAUUAUGUGAUUGUUUGUUCGUGUA